CUCACGGAGGAGCCACGGUUGGAGCUGGCGCAACGUGACGGGCGGGGCGUGGAAGUUUGUUCCCGAGUUCGGAGCCCAGGAGUCCCCGCGGCCGUCGCGCAGGUGCCCUCCGCCAGGGUCGGGAUGGAGCUGCCCGCCGUGAACUUGAAGGUUAUUCUCCUGGUUCACUGGCUGCUGACAACCUGGGGCUGCAUAGUGUUCUCAGGCUCCUAUGCCUGGAGCAACUUCACUGUCCUGGCCCUGGGCGUGUGGGCUGUGGCCCAGCGGGACUCCAUUGAUGCCAUAGGCAUGUUUCUUGGUGGCUUGGUGGCCACCAUCUUCCUGGACAUUAUCUACAUCAGCAUCUUCUACUCAAGUUUUGCCACUGUGGACACUGGCCGCUUCAGUGCCGGCAUGGCUAUCUUCAGCCUGCUGCUCAAGCCCUUCUCCUGCUGCUUCAUUUACCACAUGCACCGUGAGCGAGGGGGUGAACUCCCACUCCGCCCCGAUUUCUUUGGACCGUCUCAUGAGCAUAGUGCCUACCAGACAAUUGACACACCAGACUCACCUGCAGCCCCCUUUGCAAGCCCGGAGGACAAGGGUCAAGCUGCCCCCCGGGGGUACUGAAGCUGCCUCUGGGUCUUCCCGGUGCCCAGCAGGAUGCCUGUUACCUCCUUUCUGGACCUACAGUGGAGUGUCCUCCAUUCCCUACCAUAGAGGUAGCCUGAGUCAAGUGCCUUGGGGGUCAAGAUCCUCUGGCUUCCCAGCUGAGAAGAGCCAAGUCCUAACUCUCCAGGGAGCACCUCCCUUCAAGGCAUCUGCUAACCCCUGGCUAGAACUGUGAUUGCUUUCUUUACCUCCUACUUCGUAACUAUGCCAUGCCCCUGCUGAGCAGUGCAGAGUGCUGCGGGGCCAGGCCUUAUGGGGGGCCAGUUGACGGUGGCCUCUCGGGCCCUAAGAUGGUCCAGCCCUUCCUAGAAGCUCUGGGAGCUUCUGGUCCUGCUCAGCCUGUCCUGCAUAGGAGCAAAAUCCCUGUGCUAGUCACUGCCUCAUGGCUAGGUGCCCGGGACCCAGGCCUGGAGGCAGUAGGUCUGCAGAACCCCCUCUCAGAGCCCUGGCAUUAAAAUUCAGGAGUUCUGUGGCUGGGCUGUGUUUGAGCCGUGUUUCGUCUCCCAGCUGGGACCUGCCUUGCAGCCCGUGCUUUAAUCUCGAAGGUGGCCCAGUGAGAUGGUUCAUGGGGAAGGGCCUUGCCACCAAAAUCUGAGUUUGAUCUCUGGGACCCGACUCCUGAAAGUUGUCCUCUGACCUCUGCAUUUGUACCGCAUCACAUACCCCUCCACAAAUAAAUGUAAUCAAACCCUAAAGGUACCUGAGACCUCUGUGUCAGACACAACUGUUUCGUUUUGUUUUGUUUUUUGAAACAGAGUUUCUCUGUGUAACUCUGGCUGUCUUUGAACUUGCUCUGUAGACCAGGCUGGCCUCGAAUUCACAAAGAUCCCCCUGCCUCUGCCUCCCCAGUGCUGGGAUUGAAGGUGUACGCCACCACUGCCUGGCUAGGCAACUGUUUCUUGAUUUCACUGUGCCUCAGUUACCUGAUCUGAAAAGUGGGAAUAAGGUGGGCUGUGGAGCUGGCUCAGUGGGUAAGGAUGCAUACUGUCAAGUCUGCUGACCUGGGUUUGGUUCCACAUGGUGUAAGAAGAGAAAGCUACUGAAAGCUAUCUUCUCAUCUCCACAUAAACGUCAUGGCACCUGGGCAUGUGCAUGUACACACACACACACACACACACACACACACACACACACACACACUAAAAAUGUAAAUUAAAGUGAGUAUAAGAAUUAUGUGCAACUCGGGAGCUGGUGAUGGUUGUGAAUAGUGUAACCUUGAUGUUCAAUAAAUGUUACAGCCUAUUGUA